GUGGUUUGCAGUUGAAUAUAGCGGGACAGCUCUUCGCCCAUCCGGCAAUACGUACUCACUCGGACCACAUUGACGGCUGCUGUGAGAAGCUACACAAAGGCUAAAGCCAGUUUCACGGUUAUAUUCUCUCAAAGGACUUUCUACUAAAAAGCCACUAUGCGUGAAUGCAUCUCUGUCCAUGUAGGCCAGGCCGGUGUCCAGAUGGGGAACACCUGCUGGGAGCUCUACUGUCUGGAACAUGGCAUUCAGCCGGACGGUCAGAUGCCCAGCAACAAGCCCGUGGGAGGCCACAACGACUCCUUCACCACCUUUUUCAGUGACACUGGGGCUGGGAAGUAUGUCCCCAGAGCAAUCUUUGUUGACCUGGAACCCACUGUCAUUGAUGAGGUGCGCACAGGAACAUACCGUCAACUCUUUCACCCUGAGCAGAUGAUCUCUGGAAAGGAAGAUGCAGCCAACAAUUACGCCCGUGGGCACUACACAAUCGGCAAGGAGGUUAUUGACCUCGUCAUGGACAGAAUCCGCAAACUGGCUGAUCAGUGCACUGGUCUCCAAGGCUUCCUGGUCUUCCACUCUUUUGGGGGAGGAACUGGCUCUGGCUUUACCUCCCUGCUGAUGGAGAGACUCUCUGUUGACUUUGGCAAGAAGUCGAAGCUUGAGUUUGCCAUUUACCCAGCCCCCCAGGUCUCCACAGCUGUGGUUGAGCCUUACAACUCCAUCCUGACCACCCAUACCACCCUGGAGCACUCCGACUGUGCCUUCAUGGUGGACAACGAGGCCAUCUACGACAUCUGCCACAGGAACCUCGAUAUUGAGCGCCCAUCAUACACCAACCUGAACAGGCUCAUCAGCCAGAUAGUCUCGUCCAUAACGGCCUCUCUUCGCUUCGAUGGAGCCCUGAAUGUUGACCUGACAGAGUUCCAGACCAACUUGGUGCCCUACCCUCGUAUCCACUUCCCCCUGGUCACCUAUGCUCCCGUCAUCUCCGCUGAGAGAGCCUACCAUGAGCAGCUGUCUGUUGCUGAAAUCACAAAUUCGUGCUUUGAGCCAGCCAAUCAGAUGGUAAAGUGUGAUCCUCGUCAUGGUAAAUACAUGGCCUGCUGUCUGCUGUAUCGUGGUGAUGUGGUGCCCAAAGAUGUCAACUCUGCCAUCGCAGCCAUUAAAACCAAACGCACCAUCCAGUUUGUGGACUGGUGCCCCACAGGCUUCAAGGUUGGCAUCAACUACCAGCCUCCAACUGUGGUUCCAGGAGGAGACCUGGCCAAAGUGCAGAGAGCUGUGUGCAUGCUGAGCAACACCACAGCCAUCGCCGAGGCCUGGGCCCGUCUCGACCACAAGUUUGACCUCAUGUAUGCCAAGAGAGCCUUUGUCCACUGGUAUGUUGGGGAGGGCAUGGAGGAGGGAGAAUUCUCAGAGGCCAGAGAAGAUAUGGCUGCCCUGGAGAAGGAUUAUGAAGAGGUUGGGGUUGACUCAAUCGAAGAAGAAGAAGAAGAAGAAGAAGGAGGGGAAUAUUAGACAGGGUUAGCUGCCAUUUGCUGCCAGUUAUUUUCAGGGACAAAAUGAGUCAAUUUAUUAAAAAUAUUUAAGAAAUAUUUUGCAUAUUAGUUUCAAAUUCAGAAAUAUUUGUUUUGUUUCUUUAAUUUACCUUUUUUAAAAUUAAAUUGAACAUACCUGUCUGGGUCCUGAGGUUAUUUCUUUGUUGUGCAGAAAAUUUAUUAUUUUUGACGGGACAUAGAUAACCUGAAGCUGGAAACCCUCAUGGCUCAAAGGCAAGAUUGCUCAGCUCUGAUAUUCAAAACAAGUCAAACCACUUUAAAGACCAGGCGGCAUCCACUGUAAUAUCAGAGUUCAAACCAAAUGGGAAUGUUUAAGUAUAUGAAUCACCAUUGCAAUAAACAUCUUUAUUUCCAA